AUGAAACGCUAUUAUGUAAUUAUGAAACAUUAUUAUGUAAUUAUGAAACAUUGUUUUGUAAUUAUGAAAUAUUAUGUAAUGAUGAAACAUUAUUGUGUAAUUAUGAAACAUUAUUAUGUAAUUAUGAAACAUUAUGUAAUGAUGAAACAUUAUUUUGUAAUUAUGAAACAUUAUUGUGUAAUUAUGAAACAUUAUGUAAUGAUGAAACAUUAUUGUGUAAUUAUGAAACAUUAUGUAAUGAUGAAACAUUAUUUUGUAAUUAUGAAACAUUAUUAUGUAAUUAUGAAACAUUAUGUAAUGAUGAAACAUUAUUUUGUAAUUAUGAAACAUUAUUUUGUAAUUAUGAAACAUUAUAAUGUAAUUAUGAAACAUUAUAAUGUAAUUAUGAAACAUUAUGUAAUGAUGAAACAUUAUUUUGUAAUUAUGAAACAUUAUUUUGUAAUUAUGAAACAUUAUUUUGUAAUUAUGAAACAUUAUAAUGUAAUUAUGAAACAUUAUGUAAUGAUGAAACAUUAUUUUGUAAUUAUGAAACAUUAUUUUGUAAUAAUGAAACAUUAUUAUUUUGUAAUUAUGAAAAAUUUAUUUUGUUAUUAUGAAACAUUAUUUUGUAAUUAUGAAACAUUAUUUUGUUAUUAUGAAACAUUAUUAUGUAAUUAUGAAACAUUAUUUUGUUAUUAUGAAACAUUAUUAUGUAAUUAUGAAACAUUAUUUUGUUAUUAUGAAACAUUAUUUUGUUAUUAUGAAACAUUAUUAUGUAAUUGA